GACCAAUCCCAGCUGUUGUGAUCUGUGUAGACGUAACAGCAGUAACUGAUUGUGAAGAACAUCAGGAGAACAGCACAGCUCUUCAGUUACUGAUCAAGAUGAGAGGCUUACUGUUCCUGCUCAGCGCUCUGUUCCUGCUGGAGUCAACUAAGGGAGUGAAAUAUGAAGAGUUAAAUGAAGAUGACAGAAAAAUUGUUGACAAGGCAAUAGAACAAGGCAAUAAGAAGACUGAAAAAUCCAAACACCUCGACUUUUACAGUAUCACAACCACGGGGAAUGUACAUGAGGUGAUACUGAGACCCACCUCAUGUGACAAAACAACACCGAGUGUCCAUCUUAUACAAUGUGAAACCAAAGAUGAGACACCUAAGGUUUCCUGUAUUCAUUGUAAUGGAAAGAUGAAACCAUGUUUAUUUCUUAUGCGCGAAAAAGAGAUACAAAAAACGAAGAAUGAAUGUAAGAGUCCCUCGUCAGGGAAUAAACAUUUGCCUGGGUCAGGACAUCCAUUGUCCCGUAAAGGAGGAAAUGAACAGCAACUAACUGGAUGUCUUGGAUGCAUCUGAGAUGAAAAAAGGAUCAAGGGCCAUUUAAAAAAAUAAAAUCUAUCUAUCUAUCUAUCUAUCUAUCUAUCUAUCUAUCUAUCUAUAUGUAUAAAUAUAAAAUGUAACGUGUGAAAGAUUUGUUUUCUUUUUAUUAAACAUUACAACUAACAUUUCUUUUCUUGCAUGCUUAACAUCCAUAUUAUUUUAAGUACUAAAUCUCUUCAACACUUUAGCCAAUGUUUAUGUGUUGAAAUGUCGAAUGUAUAUGAAAAAGUCGGCUACACGUCUGCCUGAAUAUAAGAAUAAUCAUAACAACACAUGACUUUAAUGACAAGCAAACUUAUGAAGAGCCAAUAAUAUUAGACAAAAAUGAUGUAAUGAAUCAUGUCAUCUUUGCCACACAAAUAUGCAAUCAAACUGUUGGAUACUGUUAUACUGAGCUCCUCCUGGCCGUGAUUAAAGUUUAUCUACAAGCA